AGUGAAGACCUGCAACACUCGCUGGUCCAACUGUUUGCCGGGGUCCGCUCGUAUAAAAGCGUUAAUUGAACGUUCUAGCGCGGAUAGUGCGAGUUUGUUUUUUGUCCGACACUGACAACGAGGCUCCAAACGUUGACGAACCGUUCAUCCGUCCAUCCGCGCGAGUCACCUACGUAUAUUUGAGAGAAUAGUAUAACGAUAAUAAUUACGGGAAGUCACGAAAAAAAGUGAGUGAAGGGGGGAUCCAUCCAAGGACAGAAACAUUUGACCGUUGGUUAUCGCUAUUAUGCACCUAGUUAGGUGAUGUUCUACAAUUAGAAAAAGAAAGAAAAAACUGCGGAAUUUUUCUGAGGCGCAGUGCGUUAUCAGCGAGAAACUGAAGUGCUGGUAAAUUUAUUAGGCAGGAGAACAAUUGUCAACCGAAUCGGUGUGCGGGAGGAGGUGCCUUCUGAAGGCUGAUAAGAGCAAAAGUAGAUCAUUGUUGCGAAACAUUUGUUCAGCUAAUUGGUGUUCAGAGUUCGGAUCGUGUAAGUGGAGUGUGAAAUUGUGUUACCAAACGAAAAGUUCUCCAAGAAACAGCAUACAGAAUCGUGUAACUAAGAUUAGACAGAAUGUGUACCUCAUACAAAAUCGGCAUGGAGGAGCUUUCCGGCAAAUCCAGUAACAUCUGGAAGGCAGUACUAGCGGAAUUUAUCGGUAUCUUCAUACUCAACUUCUUCGGUUGUGCGGCGUGUACCCAUGCGGCUGGUGACAAAACACUCAUCUCACUCGCCUUCGGACUCAGCGUGUUUAUGGUCGUCAUGUCUAUUGGUCACGUCAGUGGAGGUCAUAUUAACCCGGCAGUUACUGCAGGUCUAUUGGCAGCUGGGAAAGUGAGUAUCGUACGUGCCGGCCUAUAUGUAGCAUCUCAAUGUGCGGGGGCUGUUGCAGGAACUGCGGCACUCAAGGCACUUCUGCCAGAGGUGUUCCAGAAUGGGCUUGGCAAUACGGGUCUUAAAGAGAACGUUCAAGAUAUGCAAGGCCUAGGUAUUGAGUUCUUCUUGGGCUUCAUUCUCGUGUUGUGCGUUUUUGGCGUAUGCGAUGAGAAUAAACCAGAUUCGCGAUUCGUAGCUCCGUUGGCAAUUGGUCUUACUGUUACAUUAGGUCAUCUGGGUGUGGUAGAGUACACCGGAUCUAGUAUGAACCCCGCGCGUUCCUUCGGAACAGCUUUCAUCAACGAAAACUGGACUAAUCACUGGAUCUAUUGGGCUGGUCCGAUCCUUGGUGGCGUCUGUGCCGCUCUCUUAUACUGCCAAGUAUUCAAAGCUCCCCGUUCAGAGGAACUAACUGCGCCAGAGCGCUACCGAGUUGCAGCAGAUGAAAAAGAGGCUUACCAAACCCACCUUAAGUUGAAAUAUAUAGACGAAGAAGCAUAACAGCUGAAACGCUUGGAUGGUAUGGCCUAGAUCAACUGAUCUACUUUGUGUAGCGGAAACAAAGAUGUUUCAAUUCUACGGAAUAUUCAUUAAUCGAAUAUUUUUUUUAUGAAAACGCAUUAAUUUUAAUCUAUGCCUAAUGAUAAUUUAUGAUCUAACAAGCGGAACAUUUAUAUUUAAAAUGAGGAUUAAAACUAUGACAAUAAA